AUGCUGAGAAGAAUAAUCAACAGGCCUUUCUCUUCAUUAUCAAAACUCCAAACUCUUAUAUCAGUAAAAUCAUGGGAAGAGUUAAAAGAUUUUACCAAUGAAAAUACUCAGCUCAUAAGAGAUUUUGCUUCAGGGACUCCUUUUACCGCAUCAUCUGGAAUCACAUUUUCAAAAAUAGCUCGCCAUGAGCAAGAUGAAGCCUUUGAAGUCUUAAGCAAUAUCAUUCCAGCCAGAGAGCCCAUGGCAGCUAAACUUCAUAUGACAAAAGCCGAAUUCAAGCAAAAUACGUGUUUAAAUUUACUAGUAAACUCUAAAUAUGAAGAUCUAACCAUUGUAGCGAAGGACAAGAAUAAAAUUAUUGGAGUAUUUACUUGCAUUGAUUGGGCAAAUCAGAAGAAAAAACACCCGAAAACAGAAGAAGAAAUAGCUUUUUGGAAAAAUAAACUAGAACCGAUCGCCUUGUUUUUACACAAUACGAAUCGAGUCGGGCCAAAAUCAGGCCGUAUAGCGCACGGAAUUACAUCAGGAAUAGAAGAAAAUUAUUUAAAUCAAGGAAUUGCUAAAUCUGCACUAGCUUUAAGAUUAGCUAUGACUAGAGUCCUAGGCUAUGAUUUUUUUAUCGUUGAAUGCGGAUUUGGAUCUUCUAACGCAUUUAUGGUCUACAAUAAACUAUUGCAGUUUGGAAGCGAAAUGAGAUACGAAGAUUUCGAGCAUAAUGAUCAGAAUCCUUUUGAAAAUUUAGAAGGUGGGUAUCUUUUCAUGUAUAGGGAACUACAGAAGUAA